AUGACCGCCUGUACAUUCUUCUUGAUAAGGAGUGCUACCUACAUCUUCAAUGCGUGGUGCAGCGGCUUGAGCAGCUCGGAGUUCAGAGAUGGCAGUGGCGAUAUUGCGCAGUUCGAGUUCAACAUCGAUAGUUCCGUUCUUUGGUUUACACUCCUCGACGACAGUAGCAGUAGCAACCAUUGGUGGUGGAUACCCAUGGCUCAUUGUCAUAUGGAUUGGAAGAUGAGAUUCUGA